AAUAGAUUCUUUGUCGGAGAUUACCUGUAAGUGCAGGACAUCGUGUUUUCAACUGUGUUGGAGAUUUGAGUUAAAAGUACAGUACUUCAUACCAUAAAUGCAGUCCCCGUUUAUAAAUAAGCUCCUUGCAGGAUAAUAAUAAUAAAACAUAUUAUGCAGAUGAUCUGAUAGAUUUAUAGCAAAUGAAAUAGGGUUUAACGUCCUAUGAAAUGGAAUGAAAUGAAAUGAAAUAAGGUUUAACGUUCUACUGUUCCUGCUAAUGACAGUGAUGUUAAUGAAGACCACACGCCUUGCAAAGUGCUAUCAUGGACAUUUUGUCCUGACAUUUCGAAUUCCAACUUUCAAGGUUCUUUUGUGUGCACGCAAAUGUGCACACGUGACCUCGGAUUUUGGUCCUUGGCAGGCCCUCAUUCCUGCACUAAUCCUGUGGAACUUUCUCGGGCAACACCGGAAGCGAUCUCAAGACGUCAUGGUUAUGAGCCAGUGCCUUAGUCCCUGAACUAACGUGGCUCCCACUACUUGUGUGACUGUUAAUAGUAUUAAUAUAGUUCAUUAUAUACCUUAUAGAAAUUAGUGAUCAUCAAAUGACAUAUUGAUAAUACAUUUUCAUAAAUUUUUGAUACUUUUAAAGAUGCUUCUUUGGUUACUGGCAACACUACUGUCUCUGGUACUGAUCUCUGUGGCUACCAUCCAUUUCUUGUUUCCAUGGGUUCUUCUAGAUAUCAGAUAUAUCCUCACGGCUAAAAAGGUCGUCCAAGACAUAAAAGAUCGUGUCAAGAAGCGGGAACUGAUUAUUGAUACUUUCGAAGCCACAGCUAAACGUUGUGCAGAUCAGACAUUUAUUGUGUUUCAAGAUCAGAAAUUUACUUAUAAAUACGUGGAUGAACAAGCAAAUAGAGUUGCAAGAGUUUGUUUAGACUUAGGUUUGAAGAAACGAGAUGCCGUCGCCAUAAUGAUUCAAAAUGAACCAGCCUUCCUAUGGACAUUUUUAGGUUUACAAAAGAUUGGUAUAAAAGUUGCGUUGAUAAAUUACCAUCUACGUGGACAAGCUUUAUCACACUCUAUACAUGGUUGUCAAUCCAGGGCUCUAAUAGUUGGUCAAGGUGAUGAAAUUCUAUCAGCUGUCGAAGAAAUAAAACAUGAUCUGAGUGAAUUACAGAUAUUAAUACAGAGUGACGAUGUCCAAGGAGCAGGAUUUAAAUCCUUCAAUAAACUGAUGCAAGAAGCUUCCCCUGAUCAAAUAGAUAUAUCAAUCAGAGAUGAUUUACACUUGAAGGAUAUAUCAACGUUUGUAUUUACAUCAGGAACUACUGGUUUUCCAAAGCCAGCAACUGUAAGCUUAUUGCGAACAGUCGCCAGUAUCGGUGCGUUCACUUUCUUUAACUUCAGUGAGAAGGAUAUAUUGUAUGAAACACUACCUUUGUACCACGCUUCGGCCUUAAACCUGGGAGUCCUUAAUGUAAUAAAUAAAGGAGCAGUGAUUGUUCUUCGAAGUAAAUUUUCAGCCACGGCAUUCUGGGAAGAAUGUCGUAAACAUGACGUGACAGUAAUUCACUACAUAGGAGAAUUAUGUCGUUAUUUAGUGGCUAAACCAAAGCAAGACACAGAUGGCAAACAUUGUGUACGGGUUGCCAUUGGUAAUGGUUUAAGACAGGAUAUAUGGGAAGAAUUUCAACAACGAUUUAAGAUUCCUCAGAUUAUAGAAUUUUAUGCUGCUACCGAGUCACCAGUGGCCUUUCAGAAUAUAUUUGAUAAAGUGGGUAGUUGUGGAAGAAGUUCACCGUUACUGAGAAAAUUGACCCCCGUUACAUUUGUAGAAUUUGACAAUGAUACACAAUCAGCAAAACGUGAUAAAAAUGGUCGAUGUAUACCAGUUAGUACAGGUGACACUGGUCUGCUGCUAGCACCCGUGUCUGGUUCCCUACCAUUUGAAGGUUACUAUAAUAAACCCAAAGAUACCGAGAAGAAAAUAAUAAAAGAUGUUUUAAAAGAAGGCGAUGUUUUCUAUAAUUCUGGAGAUCUAUUUUACAUAGAUAAAGAUUAUUUUUUAUAUUUUAAAGACAGAACAGGUGAUACAUACAGGUGGAAGGGUGAAAAUGUUUCUACAUCAGAAAUAUCAGAAGCUGUAAACAGUUUAGAUUUUGUACACGACACUAACGUAUAUGGUGUUAACGUACCAGGUUGUGAUGGUAAAGCUGGUAUGGCCGCCAUACAUCUUAAAGAGGGGGCUUCCGUGUCACCACAGCAUAUACAUCAGAUCAGUCAACACUGUAGCAAACAACUUCCGGCCUACGCUAGACCCCGAUUUCUGAGAAUACAACGUCAGAUGAGUUUAACUAGUACGUUUAAACAACAGAAAGUUGAUUUAAUCAAUGAAGGUUUUAAUCCAACUAAAAUAGACGAAGAAUUAUUUUACUAUGACACUAAGCAAAACGAAUUUAAACCUCUAGACGAAACGUCCUAUGAAGGAAUUAGUGCUGGGAAAAUUCAACUUUAAAAAAUGAAAAUCCAAUGUGUUCAAUUUAAUUUUUAUUUUUGCUUUAAUAAAGUGUAUUAAUCUGCUUUGAGACUAUCUGCUGAAUGGCCGCCAUGUUGAAAUAUUAGUGCACAAUUUGGUAUGCUGUUGUAAUCCCUUUACACCUUCUAUACAUACAAAGACGACAAAAAUAUUAAUAAAUAUUUUCAGUCAUUGAAUAUUAAAAUGAAAGCGGAAGAAUAAUGCUCUCAAAAUGGAGGAAUUAAAAUGUUGGUCAAUUAGCUUCGUGUAUGUUGUCAAGCGAAGCUAAUGGUAGACAGGCAGCGUAUAGGUCAUAAUAAAAAAACAGGCAAGGUAGUAAAAGUGUCACGAAAGCCUGUGUAUAAAAUACGAUGACUGAACAUUAGGCUUAAAAUAUCGUGCAUAAGAAAGGGUAAUGUAUUUUUCGUGGCAAGAUACAUGUAUAGUCCAUAAACAUAUAAUGUCUCGGACCAUAAUAGGCGUGUGAUUUUGAUAAAUUGACUGGCCCCUAUUCUAUUACUAAUAAGUUCCUGGUCUUUCGUCGUCGGAUUUUGUAUGUUUUUCAUAUUGCGGUUUAUGUGAACUGUUUUGUGUGAAAUUAAAACGAACCGAAGGAUUAAAAAUAUACCCACGGACUGGACACAGUUUUCCGAGCAGGAUGUUGUUCAUAAAAAGCUAUAGUUCACAAUUGGCCACAGAUCACUAAACAUUUGCCCAUUGACUUUAAUGCAAAAUCUCGUCUCUUAGACCGGCUCUAACUUUUUCCCAAAUUUUCGUUGGGUAGAACGCUUUCUACCACAGAUGGAGCAACAUGUGGCAACCUCUUGCCCAAAAGCACGUAUGAGGUUCACCAUGGAAAACUUAAGAUACACAAGCUGGAAGUAGAGACAAGAAAACAUGCAAUUUUGGACCCUACAUUUCAACCUAACCAACCUCUCAACUCUUGUAUCCUUCCGCCUCAAAAUCAUGAAUAUUCACCAAAACCUGGUAGAAAAUGUAUUUUCAAACCCUUUUCUUCGAUUCUACACCAAAAAGUCAACAAAAAUCGCCAUGCAAAAGGGGGAAAAAGGGAAAGGGAGAGAAAGACUAAAAAUAACUUUCGAGAUAUUUGGUGAGCUGUGUCCUAUAUAGCAACUGUAUUUACCCUGGCAAGAUAUAAUUCAUAAAAAGCUAGUGUCUAUCUCACAACAUAAUAUAAUAUGGGUCAUAAAGAGCUAGUCUUUUUACUCAAGCAAUAUAUAGUUUAUAAUCAGUUAGUAUUGUGAAACACAAUAUCAUUAAUCUCUAACUGAAAUGUGGUUUUAACUUCCUACUUUUUUACACCAACCGAGAUAAUAAAGAUGGGCAUGCAAUAUACAGUUUUCUAUGAGGGAAAUUGGCCGGACAGCGACCCAUGGCCCAUUCUUAUUACGAAUUCCAACUGUGUGAACAACGGACCUCUGUAUUUCGUCCUAUCCGAACGGCUAGUCACUGUUCCCGCCAUAUCAUAUGUUCUGCUGGAAACCACGCCGGGAAAUCCCGAGGUACUUUCUCGGCAAACCCGAAACCGCCUGGUUAAUGAACCAGCGCCUUACUUACUGAGUCACGGCGACUCACUCUUUAUAUAGUGUUAAUGUUCAUAAUUAUUUUCCUCACUGACUUUCAGUUGUUUAUUAUAUAAUAUAUUUGUUAGUUAUUUUAGUCUAAUUGUAGUGUAAUAUAUAUAAAACGUAAAGUUUAUAUUUUGUUAUAUUGCCAUGUUAAUAAAUGCUCUUUUUUUU